AUGGAGGACCAGGUUCUUCAAUUUCUUCAGGCAACGACCCGACCCGACACAGUUGUGAUCAACGCGGCUGAGCAGGGACUGCUCCAAUUAUACCCACAGGCAGAGUUUCCCUUCGCUUUGCUCACCAUUGCAACGCAUCAAAAUAUCGAAGUUGGCUCUAGGAAAGCCGCUUUGACUGCCCUCAAGAACUAUGUCCUUCAGACCUGGUCGCCUCAAUUCGACGAAACCUUUACAGGAAACAUGUUCCUAAAUGAGGAUGCCAAGUCCAGGAUUCGCGACCAAGUCUUCGCCAUUUGUACAGUCUCAGGUGACCAGGCUCCCAAGGACGCAAGCAUCCAGGCCUUGGCUGCAGGGGUAGCUAGCAAGAUUGCAAGUGUUGAUUUCCCAGAUUCAUGGCCAACGUUAUUCCCAUCUCUACUCAACAUUCUUAAUACUUGCACCGAUGAUGGCCCCAUUCACGGUUCUCUUCGAGUGCUUGCUGAAUUGAUAGACUCGGGAUUGACAGAGCAACAAUUUUUCGCCGUCGCGCAGGAUCUGGUGGGCGCUUUGCAGCAUGUGGCAUUGGAUAACAAUCGUGCCUUGAUUGUUCGAGCAAUGACACUGAAUGUCUUCCGAUCUUGUUUCGAGAUGCUGGAGAUGGUCAUGGCUGAUCACGGCCCUGCUGUCAAAGCGUUCUUGGAUGAGUCCCUCAAGACUUGGAUGCCAUUUUUCACUGAAACAAUAAAAGAGCCAUUGUCACGGACAGAAGGCGGGACGCUAGAUCAGAACGACACCCAGUUGCGUGGCCUGGUCGCAUUGAAGGUUCAAGCCGUUAUGACUCUAGAUAAGCUACGUCAAGUAUAUGUUCAUGCUAUCUCUCCUCACGCUGUUGGGCUCUUCCAAGUUGUAUGGGAGGAGCUCUCGAGACUCACUACUCCCUACACGGAUCUCUUUAUUGAGGGAAGUGCAGAAGGCAAAUUGGUCGACAGUGACAAUCUUCCGUGCAGUCUAGACGCACUCAUCCUCGAAGAGAUAGAUUUCUUACAGGUCACCAUCAAAGCUCCCUCAGUCCGUUCGGAGCUUUUGACACAAAUGAAACAAUUAGGAGAUGCACAGCACACAGUUCAAUGGCUCCAAGAGCUGAUCAGAGUUCUUGUCCAGUAUUCGAAAAUCCCGAAAGAAGAGGAAGGGCUAUGGGAGUAUGACUCAAACUUGUAUAUUUGUGAAGCAACGUCCUUGACCGCGGCCUACACCCCUCGCGCUGCAUGCGCUGAGCUUGUGGUUAGAAGCUUGGGUGAAUGGCUGAAGCAAAUUCCCAUUAUCGCAAUGCUCCACUUCAAUCAACAAACGACUUCGACAAAGAGUACCAGCUGGAAAGAGCGAGAGGCUCUCCUAUUUCUUCUCAAUCAGAGUAUUAAAGAUGUCGACGAUGUGUCAGCCAAACUCAGCCCGUCCACUGCCUCAGCACUGCUUGAUCAAGUUUCCUCAUUCCUUCAGGACACCCAGCUCUUCAUGCGGGCUGCAGCACAGUUGACUCUCGGUUGCUUCUUCAAGGUAGCCGGUGAGGGCUACCAGGAAGCGGGAGCCGCAUCAUUCGCCAAUGCCAUCAGUACCGGCGGAUCUGAUCCUGCAGAUGUUGUCAAGGUCGCAUGCAUCAGUAUCAUCCCUGACUAUCUGGAGGCACUGCCCUCGAACAUCACUCAACCAAUGCAAGGGGCAAUUAUCAGCGUGAUUAACGAGUUCAUCGCAUCGCACGACCUGAGAGACGAGCUUGAAGACGCAGACGACAUUAAAGCGGCUUUGAUCCAAACACUGCGCGAUGCUAUUAUGCUCGACACCACAACCAUAACCGAGUCCAACGCGAUCGAUAUCUUCUUUACCCUUGCUUCCGACGGAGCACCCAACUUCCAACUCUUUAGCCUUCUCACUGAAGCAUUUGAAGGCAUUGUGGCUUCAGUGGCAUCUCAUGGCACCGAUCAUUAUGUUCGCCUCUGUGCAAAGACCAUUCCCGCCUUGACAGGUGCUUUCGACAUCGCCAGCAUGACAAAUGAGUCUGCCUUGACAAACCUCGCUGCAGAGCUCGUCAGUGCGCUCGCCGAGUUUGGUUCUGAACCUCUUCCCGACGGCUUCGUCAACGCCGUCAUGCCAAAGCUCCAACGCGUUCUCAUGGAAGCCACGGAAGCAGAACUCGUUCGUCCUGCCACUCUUGCCGUCGAGCACAUGCUUUCGAAGGGGACACGGCAGUAUUUAGCAUGGACAGAUCCCCAGAGAAAAUCCUCAAUAGAAGUUACACUGACCAUCAUAAACCGUCUCCUCAACUCGCCAGACGUAGAUGAGAACGCCGGCAGUGAAGUCGGUACACUCGCAUCAUCUCUCGUCAGCAAAUGCGGCGCAGACAAGCUAGGACCAUACCUCAUGGAUCUACUCCGCGCGGUGGCGAUCCGCCUUGCAACCGCGGAGCGUAUCCAAUUCAUCCAGUCACUAAGCAUGGUUUUCGUGGGCCUAACGAUCGCCGCACCCAAGGAGGUUGUCGACUUCCUGUCGGAGCUCAACAUCAACGGCUCACCGGGGUUGGGCAUAGUUCUCACGAAAUGGCUCGAAAACUCAGUUCACUUCGCCGGCUUCGACGAGGUGCGUCAGAAUGUGUUGGCACUGUCGAAACUGUUCGCUCUGCAAGACUCACGCGUCAAGGCUGUAACGGUCAAAGGCGACCUGAUCAUCGACACCAAUCCCAGCGGGCGCAUCAAGACACGUUCACAAGCGAAACUCAACCCGGACCGCUGGACCAGUGUGUCCGCCGACCUAAAGAUUCUGAAGCUGAUGGUGGACGAGCUGUCGAGCGCAGCAACUUCGCAGUUUCCAAAUCUGGCAGCUGCACAGGCAGCGGCGGAUGCACUGGAUGAGGCGGACUCGGACGCCGAUGAUGCGGACGAGUGGGAGGAUGUGGGCACGGCUGGCGCGAUCGACCUCGCAAGCGAGAGUGUUCGCAAUGAUCUGAUGGGUCUCGUUGGCGAAGGGCCACUCGGACAUCUCGAUCGCGCUGCGAGCCCGACUGGGUCGCGUGUCCGCGAUGAAGAGACGGCUGAAUAUCUCUUGCAAUGGUUCAAGAAUGAGGCAAGCAGAGAGGGCUUUCCUGCGUUGUUUGAGCAACUCAGCGAGGAGGAGAAAGGCCGCUUGAGGCAGUUGGUUGCUUGA